GCCGUGCUCCAGGCAGGAACCCACGUGUGCAGCUAGCAGGAGGAAGCAUCAGACCAAAAGCAGCAGGCAGGAUUCAGUCUGUAUGCAUAAAAACCUGACAGAUAUCUGCUUUCCUACACUACUUUGCUUUAUUACGCCAGACGACAUUCUUCAUAAUGUCUUCGUUCAGGAAAGCGUUGAAGUCCCGACAGAGAAACCACCAUGAAAGAUCUCAGCCUGGUUUCAGGAAACAUUUGGGAUUGCUUGAGAAGAAAAAGGACUACAAACUCCGUGCAGAUGAUUACCACAAGAAACAAAACACUCUUUCAGCUCUGCGAAAGAAAGCUCUGGAUAAGAACCCAGAUGAGUUUUACUACAAAAUGGUCAACACCCAGCUGCAGGAUGGAGUUCAUGUAGCAAAAAAAGCCACUGAAGAGGAGGAGAUAACAGAGGAGCAGAAGAAAGUGAUGAGGACGCAGGACAUCAAAUAUGUGGAGAUGAAAAGGGUGGCAGAGGCCAGGAAAAUUGAGAGGAUGAAAGGAGAGCUCCAUAUUCUGGAAGCAGAUGGCAAACAGAAAAACAAGCAUACCUUCUUUGUGAAUUCCAAGAAAGAAGUGGAGUCAUUCGAUCUGGCAAAGCACCUCAACACUGUUCCUGAGCUGGUGGACAGAGUGUUCAACAGACCCACUCUGAAAACGCUGGAAACGAAGAACAUCAAGGGAGCCGUAGACCCUAAAACUAUGAAGAAGUUGGCCAAGCAGAGGAAUCACCAGUACAAGAUCCUUUCCCAGAGGAUAGACAGAGAAAAGAAAAUGUAUGUGAUCAGCCAGAAGAUUCAGACCCGCAAGGACCUACAGGAUAAGAACAAGAAAGUGAAGGUAAAAAAGGAGACGCACACUGCUGCAGCUAUCUACAAGUUUGAUACCAAGAGGAAGCGCUGAGGGGGGUGUUAUCAAGCUGAGAAGAAAUCACCAACUUUGCCUGUCUGAUGUUGGUGAAAGGAUGGACUUGAUCACACCUUAGACAUGGGAGCAUUUUCUUUUCCUUAAAUGAUGGUGCAGUUUUGUAAAUAUUUAUCUACAACUUUUUAGUUUCUUUCAAAUAAAUAUCAAAAGAACAU